UUUCGAUAGACAGAUACGCCGCUGAGACUAUAAUAUAAACUCGUGCAAGACACACAUAGACAGCGGAGCAUAAAAUGAUCGGUUCGAAAAUAGCCUCAUCGGCAGCACUAACCAACGACGGUGGUGUUGAUGAGAUGACAAUUCAUCAGGAUAACUCGAGUAAUGAAAGAGACUACAAAUGUGAAGACGGCGGAACGGCCAUGGACGUGAAGUUGUUUAAGGCGAUCGGCAUGUACCAGCUGCUGCACCCGGUCGAGUGUGGCCUGAACAGCGACUUGUGCCGAAAGACUGCGAUGAUGGUCGUGGGCCUGACGGUCGGGCUGCAAUUGAUGCAGGUGUUCCGGCUGUACCUGGCCAGGCACGACAUCCCAAUGUUCGCCAACAUGGCAAUGCUGGUUGUGUAUGGGUUCAUGUGCUUGCUAAAGGGCUACACGUUAGCGAACCACGCGGACAGGAUAUGCAUCACGUUGGAGGUGGCCCGGUACGCUUUCACCGAUUGCGGUAGGCGCGACCCGUCCCUGAUGCGCCGGUGCCGGGCCAGGCUGUCCACCAUACUCCGCACGUUCGUCGGGCUCAGCUUUGGCACGCUGGUCGUGUGGUUGGUCAUGCCGUGGUUCCUGGCAUCCGAGUACGACGGCAAGCCUUUGAUCUGGGCGGUGGUGUACGUCGUCGAGUCUAUCAUACUCACGGUCAACGUGUUUUGCUGGACGUCAUUUGACUGUUACCUGGUCACCAUGUGUUUCGUGUUCGAGGCCAUAUUCCGCACCAUGAGCUCCGGCUACGAGAAGGUCGGCCGUGGGCAGCCCAUUCACCCGCACACCAACCAACCGUUCGGCGACCACCGUAGAUCAGAUUCAGAGGUUAAAGCCAACGUAACACUGACUUUUCCGAGCCAUUAUGACGAUUUGAUUAGCCACAUUAAAGACAAUCAAAAGAUAGUCGAGAAGUAUAAAACAUUUUUCGAAAUCGUCACACCUACGGUUCUGCUUCAAAUUGCUGAUGGUUCGUACACCAUAAUUACAAUGAUAUUUCUCAUCUCAAUAGCAUAUCUCAAUGGUAAUUCGAUUUUAUCUCCGAUGAUUUUGAAAUAUGUCUGCGGACUGGUUUCGCUCACCAUUGAACUGUACAUAUUUUGUUACGCAUUCAACUACAUAGAAGACGGGAGAUCUACGGUGAAUUUUGGGUUGUACAGCUGUGAUUGGACGGACAAGGAUUUAAAAUUUAAAAAGACUGUAUUGCUGGCCAUGUCCAUGAACUCUGCUAACAAGCAAGUGAUGAAAUUGUCACCAAAUUCCAUCGUGAAUCUAGCAAUGUUCUCCAGGGUGAUGAACAUGUCAUACACGAUAGUAUCCACAUUACUAAGUUAAAGUAAUAAACAAGCAACUUACUGACGAAUGGAUCUAUAGCUUAUAAAAUAGUUAGUUGUUGUUUCAAUGAAUUAAGGAACCAUUGGAAUACGAUUUAUAGACUUAAUUAUCCAUGUUAUCUUUAUUAAUACACAUAUUACAGAUACCUAGUAUCACUUUAAGGUUACUUUAAUUUUAAUAAAAUAAUAAUAUGAUUCAACUCGUUGUUUAAAUAUGUGAUACUUUAUAUUUGUAUGAUUAUUUCUGUAGCCGGUAUAUAAUAAAUUAUUGACUAUAAUGAUUACAUUUUAGAUUCUGAGUGGAGCUAUGAUAAUGUAUUGAUUUUAUGAUGUUGUAAUUUUUUUUUUUGUGCAUUUCUGAAUACGCUAUAACUAUACUUGUGCGAGAAAAAAUGUAUAACUUUGAAUGUGAUUUCUGAUAGAAUUAGACGAGGAUGGAACUUUGGGGAUCAAAAGUAAAACUUGGCUUACAAAUAAUUUGAAUAAAAACAAUUGAUAGGUACCAAAAACAACUUUUAGUGAUUGCUAUUUUUAUUUAUAAUCACUAUUCAUUACGAUGAGUACAACUUACAAAGUUACGAGCUUACGAUUUUAGUAACGUACUAAAGUAGUUUUUUAUUAAUAAUCUGUAAUUUUAUAAUAAGAAUAAUAAAUCCUUUGUGAUAAAUCCAUUGUUGUAUUUUAAUAUCACUUAAAAUGAUGCUAAAAAUACUUCACUGUUAUCGAGAUAUCGAACUACUAACUAGGGGUGUAUUAGGUUUUUAUCUGGAGAGGGGGGGAAUUUGAUUUUAUCCAGUAGCCCUGCCUUUAAAGUUUUCACUACCUAUAUAUUAAUCGAAUGAAUAGUGGCCUUCUUGAAAAGCUAAAAAUGGCAAAAGCACGUUUUUGUUUGUUACCACAUAAUUGCCAAUAAUUGCCGUAGACGCUA